AAAAAAUCACAAAUCACAAAAUAAAAACACAAAUAAAAAAAGACGAAGACGAAGAGGAAACGGAUGUGAGAUGGCGAGCCAGAUGGCCAAGGCGUCGGCGCAGCGCUUGAGCAGGGACCUGACGUGCUCCAUCUGCCUGGAGAUCUUCAAGAAGCCCGUCUCGCUGCCCUGCGACCACACCUUCUGCGAGGCCUGCAUCGCCGGCUACUGGGGCCGGCCGCGGGGAGGCGGAGGAGGUGGAGGAGGAGGUGGCCACACGCACAACCAGCAAGCCAGCCGCGGUGGUAACAGUGGAGGUGGAGGUGGUAAGGGGUCGUCAGGCAGCGGCUCCUGCCCCCAGUGCCGCAAGCUUUUCCCCCCUGGCGAGACCUACCGGCACAACCGCAUCGUGGCCAACAUCGUGGAGAGCUACUGCCAGGGGCUGGAGGAGAGCGCUGGGGCUCUGGGGGGGUCGGGGGGGAGUGGCGGCAAGCUGUCGCUGGCUGUGACGCUGACGCCCCCCCCCAAGCCGGCGCCCAUGUGCGGGCGGCACCGCGAGGAGCUGAAGCUGUACUGCGAGGAGGACCAGGAGCUGGUGUGCCUGGUGUGCGGCCUGUCCCAGGAGCACCGCAGCCACACGCUGGUGGGCGUGCAGGAGGCGCAACACAGAUACAGGGCGUCUCUGAACAGUAACAUGAGCAGCCUGCAGGGGGAGCUGAACACGGCGUUGGAGUGCGAGAGAGAGGCGGAGCAGGAGGUGAAGAAACUAAAGGAGCACACAGCCGACCUGAAGCAGCGCAUCGAGACCCAGUUCAGCGACCUGCACCAGUUCCUUUACCAGGAGGAGAAGCUGCUGCAGGUGAAGCUGAAGACGGAGGAGCGUCGCGAGCUGAUCCGGUUGGACGAGCACAAGGCCGUGCUGAGCGUGGAGAUCUCCCGCCUGCGCAGCGCCCUCGCCGACAUACAGGACAAGCUGCGCGAGCAGGACCCCUUCGUCCUACUCAAGAACAUUAAGGCGCUGCUCCAGAGGCAGCCGAUGAAGUUUGAGAAGCCCACCCACACUGCGCCGAGUCUGUGUGAGGGCCGCUUCGCCGGGCCGUUGCAGUACCGCGUCUGGAAGUCUCUGAAGAACAGCAUCUACCCAGUGCCGUCGUCCAUCACCUUCAACUCCAGCACGGCCAACCCCUGGCUGAGCCUGACGUCCUCGCUGACUUGCGUGCGCUACCAGACCUUCAACAGCAGCGUGGCGGACAACCCCGAGCGCUUCAACGCGGCGCUCUCGCUGCUGGGCAGCCAGGGCUUCACGCACGGCCGCCACUACUGGGAGAUCGAGGUCUACAGCAGCACGGUGUGGACGGUGGGCGUGGCGCGCGAGUCCGUGCCGCGCAAGGGCGUGAUCAAGGCACUGCCGGCCAACGGCUUCUGGACGCUGUCGCUGUCGUACGGCGUGCGGUACAUGGCGGGCACCUCGCCGCCCACCGUGCUGUCGCUGGAGGAGCCGCUGGCGCGCAUCGGCAUCUACCUGGACUACAAGCGCGGCCUGGUGUCCUUCUACAACGCCGAGAGCAUGACGCACCUCUACACCUUCCACGAGGCCGCCUUCGGCCAGACGCUCUACCCGUACUUCAACCUGGGCUUCCUGGACAAGGUGCACGAGAACGAGCCCCUCAAGGUCUUCCUGCCCAAGAUAUGAGGCGUUGAUCGGUUGGUGGUGAGACGUGACUGAAGGUCUUCCUCCCCAAGAUAUGAGCCGUUGGUGAGAGGUGACUGAGUGUGCGUUACAAUAUGUGACCUUGCCUCCUCCACUUGUGCUUGUCUUCUCGUACCAGGGAGUAAUAUGUCAUGAUGACAUCACUGACAACAGCAUUAUAUUUCAAUGUCUUGCAAAAGCGCAAUGUAAAGUCUUUUUCUCAUUUGCAAUUGGGAUGGUGAAUGAAAAACAGUCCCUCAAAAGUUGUUGUCGCUAGGCUGACAGCUGGGAAACUUUAUCGUUUUCUCCAUGGAGGAGGGGCCAGGAGGUGGGACGAGGAGACAAGCACAAGUGGAGGAGGCAAGGUCGCAUAUUGUAACGCACUCUGAGUGUGAGGCGUCAGUCUUGUCUUUUAUAUACAGUAUGUGUGUGGGUGUGGGUGUGUGUAUGCAGGGAAG